AUGGCCGUGCACCGUACGGACCCCCGAGAGGGGCUGCAGAGCCUGAAACAGACGCUGCCGGUUCUUGCUUACGAGGUGACAGAGGUGACAGACCAGAAGUUUUCACCUUGGUCACCGUCUCGAAAGUUCAAUGAAGGCGGGCGCCUCCCUCUGGCCAGGAACAUGAAGGGCUUAUCGGGCAGUCGCUCCCAGCACCAAAUCCCUUUACCCCAUGGUUUGGACUAUGACCCUCACAUCCAUGACAUCCACACGCAUCAUGGCUCAGAGUCUCGCCACACGUCAUACCUGCUCAGCCCCACAGAGAGCUGCCCCAUGGACUUCCACCACCGAUACUCACCGCGAAGUUCCAUCCACUCCGACUGCAUGUCACCCGUCCUGAUGGCACCGCCCGCUGGACCCGAUCACAUUUCCAGCAGUACCUUUCCUAGAAUGCACUACAGCUCACCGUACUAUGAUUCAGCCACACGGGACGACUGCGCCGCCAUCACAGCCUCCGCCACCUCCCCGGCUGUCGCUGCUGCCGCAGCCGCCGCCGCCGCCCCCCCCCCCCCCGCCGCCGCCGCCGCCUCCCACCACGCCGGCAACAAGAGCAACCGCCUUCCCGCCAAUCUUUUAGACCAGUUUGAGAAACAACUGCCACUGCACCGAGACGGCUUCCACACGUUACAGUACCAGCGCACGUCCACAACCACAGAGCAACGCAGCGAGAGUCCCGGCCGCAUCAGACACCUCGUCCAUUCUGUCCAGAAGCUUUUCACCAAGUCUCACUCCCUCGAGGGAUCAUCGAAGAUGAACGGCACAAAAGGUGAUAUGAUGGGAGGUGGAGGAGGAACGGGAAGUUAUUACCAUCACGGUCAUCACUCCACCAAGCAUGGAAGCAAGAGGAGCAAGAGCAAAGAACGCAAGCACCGAUCUGGAGGCUGGUGGAGCUCUGACGACAAUCUGGACAGCGACAGCACGUACCGCACGCCCAGCGUCAUGUCACGACAUCACGGGGAGCACGUCAGCCACUGUUACCCAGAGUCCAUGCACGGCCACCACUUUGGGGAUUUGUCACUAAAGACCUCGAAAAGUAACAACGACGUCAAGUGCUCGGCCUGCGAGAGCAUGGCAAUGAUGCCCGAGGGGAAAUUCAUGAAGAGGAGCUCCUGGUCAACAUUAACGGUCAGCCAGGCCAAAGAGGCCUACAGGAAGUCAUCACUGAAUCUGGAAAAACCCAUCAUGCAUUUGGAUCUCAAGCCUUCAUCACGGACGUGCCACUAUCUGCAGGUGCCCCAGGAUGACUGGUGUGGGUAUCCUGGCGACAAAGACGAGGAGAUCCCAUGUCGGCGGAUGCGCAGCAGCAGUUAUGUCAAAGCUAUGGGGGAGGUGGAUGAUGAAAGUGCUGACUCUGACAACAGUCCUAAGACAUCCCCACAGAAAGCCAUUCGCCCUGACGCGCUCGUCCUCAAAUCAGCAAUGCACAGACCCCACUUUGACCCACACAGCCACGGCUACCAGUUGCAAACCAGAGACAUGCGGCCCCAUCAUAGUGUCACGCUGGACCCUGCCACCACCUUCCACCCCCCGCCCUUCCGAUCUCGCAACCAGAGCUACAUGCGCGCAGUCAGCACCCUCAGUCAGGCUAGCUGCGUAAGCCAGGUGAGUGAGACUGAGGUCAAUGGCCAGUUUGAGUCAGUUUGCGAGUCCGUUUUUAGUGAAGUAGAAUCCCAGGCCAUGGAGGCCUUGGACCUGCCUGGUUCGUUCCGAACUCGAAGCCACAGUUACCUCCGUGCAAUUCAGGCUGGUUAUUCCCAAGAUGACGACUGCUUGCCUUCAAUGACAUCCUCCACUGUCACUUCAACUCUCAGAUCCACAACAGAGGGAUAUGAUGUUUUGGAUGGCACUUCUUUACUAAAUGAAGACAUGAUAGAGGAUGAUGACGGUGCUAGCUCCUCUGCCUAUGCGGAGCUGGAAAGGCUGGAGAGAGAAACUGCGGCUGCGCGCAGCCAGCACAGUACUAGCUCCACCAUAACAGCCAUCUCUGUCCCACCGGCAACCCCGCCUUCAUACAGGGUCCCCACUGCCUCACCCAUAGCCACAUCUGAGCCACCAGUCCCUCAGGCCAUUCAGGCUUUUAAGGAGUCUGCUAACAUGGUCGCUGCCUUCAACAUGCAGUGGAAGGACGAAAUCUCAGCGAUGCGCUACGAGCUGGCGGAGCUGCGUAGAGAUGUUUGUGGGGAAUUAAAAACUUUUAACAGCAACUUCUUCAACUUUACUCAGUGCUACAACAUGUGGACCUUGUGUCGAGAGCCCUGCAGUGACAGUACAACACAAACAGAAGACAGAGUGUCCAUUGGAAUUCAAGCUGGCUCAAGUUGGUCCUUCCAACAGAAUUCAUCAGACAAGUCAGUGAUGUGCCAACCAGAGCCAGCGCCCUUCAGUAUAUUGGAUCUAAUGAAUCCACCGCGGAUUGAAAUAAUUGAGGGAACACCUGAAAGCACUCCAGAAGGGUCAGGCAGCCCCGCCAGCCCACUUCCAAUAGAGGACUUCCCGUGGGAGAUCAUUAAAAAACAAAAGACCCCCAAGCAGCCAGACUCAGGUGCCCACACAGGUGGUCACAGGAGCGCUAGUCUAGAACUAUGGAGCAGAAAGUACACCAGUGGGCCAAUGUCAUACCUGUCCAUGUCAUUCUAACCAUUCCCAUCAUUACAUUUGAUACACUGAGAUGAGGGAGCCAGGGUAGAAACCUGACGUCCACUGUUGUUAGAAGUCCCUUUAUUCUAUGCAGACACAGCGUCUGUCACCACUUGGCUGGGUUAAAAUGGUCAUUAAACAAAUGUCUUGCUUGGCUAGGGAGUAAAUGAGAACAGUGAGUUUCACACCAGAAUGAGGUGACAUGAGAAUGUGUGAGGAAAUGUGGUCGAUGAUCCUAAAGUGCCAACAGAGCAGCAUUUUUCUCUCAAAACUCUUAAACGCCCGUCCUUAAAACAAAGUCCCCAAAAACCUGAUUGGAAAUAACGACGUCCUCUCUGUCAGCAUUUCUGCAGGACUGGAGUGGGUACAAAAUAGGAAAGGGGUUAAACCAUGUCAACAUGUCCACUUUCAUCCAUCCCAUGUGGACCCAUAUGGACAUGACUGACUGGAUUCUAACGAUAGAAAAAAAGAAGAAAAAUCCUUUUGAAGGAGAUGAAUAAGUUGGCCUGUUUUUGCCACUUAAUUUGAAUAGCUGAAGCUCAUGUUCAUUCCAGUUUCUCAUCACGUAGAAACAUUAUCUAAAGCACCCGAGAAUACUGAAUAAAUACUGUGAAUAACUUUAUAACCCUAGUUUUUUAUUGAAUGUAUUGAAAAAGAUUCAGUUAUUUAUGCACAUCUUUAGUUUUUCAUAUCAAAGCAUUUGUUCUACCAUCACAUUCAUCAUGCCACAGCCAGUUAAAGUUAAAUAAGCAUUCAGAAAACAUCUAACCCUAUAGGAAUCUGCCCAGAACUGUAAUACAAUAGGCCUGUUCUCCAUAAAAGCCUUGCCAAUGCUGUCGUUAGGAUUUGUUGAGACGGUGUUUGACAUCUGCUUAAAAUUAUUUACAACAACCUCCUAUUUAGUGGCAAAUUGAGAACAAAACAACAAGGGAGUUGACAGUGAAUGCAUUGGCUUCAGUUCGUUCUUGCACAAAAAGGCAUUCAUGUUCAAACUGUAUAUGUGUAUAAAUGUACCAUUUUGUAUAUAUAAAUACUAUAUUCAAAUACUUGUACUGUUCACAGUUGUAAACAUACUGUGUUGAAGCGCUAAGGAGCGCUAACGUAGAUGUGGUUAUAAACCAAACACAGCACUUUUUCCCAGCCGUCGAGGUCUGCCCCCAUACAGCUCAUUGUGUCCUCCAUCUUCUCUGAUGUUUGCACAACCUCAUGAGGAAAUAAGUAUCCCAUACGCCAGUGUUUCCACUAUUGUUUUUUGUGCAGUGGUGACUUGAAGUUAUGUCUUGCCUAUCAAUUCAUGUUUCUUUUCCAAAAAGUGGGGGCCUAAAAAGAACUUAUUUAAUAAAAGCGUCUUUGGAC